AUGGCAACAGAAAAGACGUUGUUUGAUGCUCGCAGCACUGACGACGUGGAAUCACCGCCUUCCGUCAAUGAGGCCAACCUCCAGGUGGAUCCGGCAGCCGAGAAGCGGUUGCUCCGGAAGCUGGACUGUUUCCUGGCUCCGAUGAUGGUUCUGUUCUUCCUGGUUGCGUACCUCGACCGAAGCAACAUAGGGAAUGCCGCUAUUGCGGGCAUGACCGAAGACCUAGAACUCACUGGAAACCGGCUUAAUGUUGCGGUCACAGUCUUCUACGUGACUUACAUCUCGUUCGAGAUCCCGGCUUCUUUGGUUCUGAAGAAAGCCCGUCCCAGCCGCCUCAUACCUUUCUUCAUCAUAGGCUGGAGUGCCGUCAUUAUCGGUUCGGCUUUCAUGACCAACUAUGCCACGUUGAUCGCUACGCGUCUUUUGCUUGGGGCAUUCGAGUCGGGUCUUUUCCCCUGCCUGACUCUAUACCUCAGUACAUUUUACAAGAAAGAGGAACAGGCUCGCCGGAUUUCGUAUCUCUUCGUUGCAGCUGCGCUGUCAGGUGCUUUUGGCGGUUUACUCGCCUUUGGGCUGACAAGUAUACAUGGCACACGGGGCCUUGCUGGAUGGAGAUGGCUCUUCCUUGUUGAAGGAAUCAUAUCCAUUGUCGUGGGAAUCAUGGCAGUCUUCCUCCUUCCCGAUAACUUCGAAUCGGCUUGGUGGUUACGCGACGAUGAGAAAGCCCUCAUGCGUGUCCGUAACGAGCAGACAAGCGUGUACGUCGGAGAGUCCGAGGUCUUCGACAAGGCCGAAGUCAAGCUGGCGUUCAAAGACCCGAAGGUCUGGCUGUCCGCCAUCUGUCAGUUUUUUGCUGAUACCUGCUCUUUCGGUUUCAGUACUUUUCUUCCCGUUAUUAUCAAGGGGUUUGGAUAUGGCUCGGUUCAAACCCAACUACUUACAGUGCCUGUCUACAUCUGGGCAUCUGCGGUGUACAUCUUCAUCUCGUUCAUGUCCGAUCGAUUCAAUCAGCGCGCGGUCUUCAUGAUUCCAAUGGCACUUAUAACCGCCGUUGGAUACUCUCUGAUGCUCGGUGUCGCCAUGGUCUCAACCGGGGUUUUGUACUUCGCAACAUUCCUUACCGCGACUGGCAUAUAUUGCGUCGUCGGAUUGAACGUUACUUGGGUCAGCAACAGCAAUGCUGGAUAUUUCAAGCGAGCGACGGCCAUCGGUUUACAACAGACAAUUGGUAACAGUGCUGGUAUCAUGGCUGGGCAAAUUUACAGGAUUACGGCAUCAGAUGGAAGAUACACAAUCGGACACGCGGUGUCUCUUGGGGCCAUUAUCUUAGCCGCCGUGGGAUACUUCACCAUGUUUCUUGCGCUGAAGACUCUGAACGACAAGCGGGAUACGAUGAGCACUGAAGAGCGGGCUCGAGAGAUCAAUUCUGGAAAGAAAGGCGACCGUCACCCAGACUUCCGCUAUAUCUUGUAA